GUCGCUUAUAAAAGCCAGAAUUCGAUCAAACAUCAACUGCAGUUUGAUUCUGUGUGCGUUCCAAGUCGAUAGCUCAGAAAUCUUCCCAUCACCAUGUUGAAGCUGGUAUUCCUUUUGCUCGCCGCUUUGUUGGCUUUGGCUGUGGCUGUGCCUGCUCCAGUUCCCGGACCGAAUCCCGCUCCCAGUCCACAAUUCUUUUACUCCGCUGGCUACCCGGCUGUGGGUUAUGCCUCGCCAUAUGUCUACUAUGGUUAAUGGUCGAUCAUAAAACGUUGAUAAUAAAACACAUUGAUUGCAUUUCAAAAAAACAA